AUGUCCUUGGGAGAGUGCUCAAAUAUCUGCAAGGCCAACCCGCAGUGCCUGUCCUUCCAGUUCACAGAUUACGGUAGAGGAGAGAUGGCGUGCUACACUUUUAAUCUGCCCGCUGCUGCCGCCAUUGUCCCCGACACUGCGAAUAGUCCUGACCCCGAGCCUGAGUCUGACGCUGACGCUGACCUCUUCAACACCAAUCUUGACACCAACCUUGACGCCGACCUUGACGCCGACCUUGACGCUAACCUUGACGCCGACCCCAACCACAGGCCCAGUCCUAACCUGUGGCGUGAUGGGCUGCGGUGA